UGGAGAGAUACCUUUCCUCCUCACCCUCUUCGGCUCUUCCUUCACUCAUUUCAAAUAUUUUUAUGCCAAAAAACAAGAAGGAUAAAUUCAUCAGAAACGUCAACAGUUCGAUCUUUCGGAUCUCGUCGCUCGGGCUCGGAUCCUCCAAUCGUCAUUGCCGUCGUCGGUGCCUGGGCUUGGCAUUCUCUGCCAGAUCUCUUCAGUACUUGGCUAGUCCCUGCACUAUUCGAAGCUGCUCCCCUUUUUAUGGCAUUUUGACUAUCCUCAGCUUUGCGAGAUCAAUGUCUGUUGAAGAUAUUUAUAAAUUUCGAAAUGCGAGUUUGGUAAUCGAAGCGCUAUUGAUAUUGAGUUUGCUGGUCCUGCUCACCUCUCAUUUUGUUACCCCUGAUUUGCGCAGCUGCCUAGUUAUAGACUUCCUAUUGUGAGGCUAUUUGUAAUUUGUAGUUGUGAAUGAUGGAUCCAAUUAAUCAUUCACUUGUUGAUGGCCUUAAAGUGGUUCAUCAAAAUGGUGUUCACGAGGAACCUUUUAAGUCUGGAAAGGGUGAUAUAGGCCUCAAUAUUGCUGAAAUUAUAGACAUGGAUGCUUUAAAUGGAAACUUUGAAAAUGUUGUCCAGUUGGAUAGUACUGCCACCAAUGACUCGUCUGUGGGAGAAAUGAAAGAAGGACCAAUUGACCAUACGGGCAGCAGCAACGAGUCCAUUUCUAAGGAAGAGAAGGAGAAAACCAAUGAUCAAACAAAACAAUCAAGAGUGUCAAAAGUUCCUGUUAAGAAUAAGAAUGGAAAGCCCCCAAGUCCUAAAGGCAUUCUUGCUUGUGGGCCCAAAAAAAGCAAAGAUGGAAAAGAUGAAGAGGCAAUAUCUUCUGUUUCAAAUGGUAAUCUAGCCUCAAAGACUCACUCAAGACAACAUAUUAAAAGUGGACGAUUCAUCGAAAAGCAGACUCAAAUGUCCAAGCACUCUAGAAAGUCUGAUGCAGCAUCUUCCGAAGAACCCUUGGGGAAGAAAACCCCGAAACUGUUGAAUAAAGAACCCCUUGAUGGAGUUAAAGGAGAAGCAGAAUCUUCAAGUACCGUUGUGGAAGAUACCAAACCCCGUAGGGUAGGAACACUUCCUAAAUAUGGUUUUAGUUUCAAGUGUGAUGAACGGGCUGAGAGAAGAAAAGAGUUCUACUCUAAGCUUGAGGAAAAAAUUCAUGCAAAGGAAUUGGAGGAGAGUGACUUGCAGGCAAAGACGAAGGAGACUCAAGAAGCUGAGAUUAAGAUGCUUAGAAAGAGUCUAACAUUUAAGGCAACCCCAAUGCCAAGUUUCUACCAGGAGCCUCCUCCUCCGAAGGUGGAGUUAAAGAAGAUACCAACUACGAGAGCCAAGUCUCCCAAGCUUGGUCGGAGGAAGAAUUCGGUCAAUCCAGAGUCAGAAGGAAACACUGGCGGCAGUGGUCGACAAGGUCGUUUAAGUCUAGAUGAGAACCCCAGUAAAGUUAUGUUAGUCCAUCAAAAGAAGCCACAGAGGAAAUCUCUUCCUCCUCGCCUGCAUUCUGAAAGGACCAGUUCAUCCGCCUCGAAAACUGCAAGCACUUCAUCUAAGGCAAUGCAUCACAGCAAGACCUCCUCACACAGUGUAACAAAGAAAGAUACCACCUUAUCCAGUGUAACCAGGGAAGAGAAAACUGAAAUUGCUGCAGGAAAUGAAGAGAACAGCACCUUUUCCAGUGAGAUAGGCAAAGCUCCAUCUUGCGUAGAAGAACCAUCUGCAAUCCUCUCGAACAAGCCCGGUGAAGCAGAGUCUCAUGUGAACAGUGACAUCGUGGUUGAAGAACAACCUCAGGUUUCAUCAGCGCAAGAACCCACAGUGGCAGAACAUUAAGAACUGGGACAAAACUGCAUAUCCACUUUCACAGCUCUUGAUUCAGCUCAUUGAUAUUAGAGGCGCAUGGGGAAAAAGAUUAUUUGACAUAAAGGGUUGAAGAUUUGCAUCAUAGUCAUGUCAUCUUGUUCAUAGCAGCAGUGUUUCUUUGAAUUCAUGUUCUCAAGGGUGCCGGUUUUGUCCUUAUGGUUCUCUCGCUUGCUUGCAGCAAUGUCUGUAACUAUUCGCCAGGUUACUUGUUUGUCUUUCUAGUAUGCACCAGUUGCCUGGUUAGCGUUAACAUUUGGGGAAAUUUUUGAUGAGAUCUAAAUCACAUUUCGUAAAUUGACGUUGUCACAUGAAACAAGUUGUUUGUGUUGUGGGAGCCCAUUUGCUGGGUUA